AUGUCUACUGAACAGAACCCUCGUCAACGGAGAGCCUCUGUCGACCUCCUGAACGACAACAUCUCCACCACCAACAACAACAACUCGAGCAUUGCCAACCACGCCUCCACCACUCCUACCACCAACACCAACACACGCUGCAACUCAAUGACCAUCACAGCAAUCCCCACCAAUGAAUCCGACAAAAAGACACCCCUCCCAGCAACAGACUCUUCAACACAAAGUUCUAAAAAGGACUCUCACGAAAAACAAGCAGACACGUUCCUGACAAGACACCCAUGGCUGAUGGGGUGGAACAGCGAAGAUUGGUGGCCCUGCUGGAUUGGCCUCUUCCUCUUUGCCAUGAUUGCUAUCGCCGUCCACCACGACAUCCCUGAAGCUCAUUUCAAGAUCUGGUCCUCCAACCCCUUCGACUCUCUCCACGGGACCGAAAACCUUGGUCUCUUCGUUCUUUUCCCUCUCCAAGGACUCCUCGUCUGGUUGGGACUUUGGGCAACCGGCGCCAAGGCCUGGAAACAAUUUCCUCAGGGUUACCUUGUGGUCUAUGUGUUGAGCUUUCUGAGCAAGUGGUUGGCAGCUCAGAAGAGUAUCAAGAGUGCUAGUUUGGGAGACUCGAUCUGGGCGAUUUUGUUUGGAACGAUCUUGAGAAAUGCGAUGGGUGGGAAGGCUCUGCCAGAUGGACGGUCGAAGCCUUUGGCGCCUUGGUUGAAGGUCGCGCAGCAGACUGAGUUGUAUAUUGCCACCUCUUUGGUUCUUCUCUGUAUUGACUUCACAGUACUCAAGCCAUUGGCCCCUCGUGCCCUCUUCGUCUCAUGGAUCGACACCCCAACCCUCUUCGUCGUCGUCGCCAUGCUCGGCGUCUCCUGGCUCAAGAUCGACCUCCAAACCGCCAUGAUCAUGUCCGGCGCAACCUUCAUCUGCGGUUCCUCCGCCGCCAUCGCCCUCUCCGCCUCCCUCGGUGCAGGCAAUAAAGCCGACCUGCCCAUCGCCAUCAUCUCUGUCUUCACCAUCCCCUCCAUCAUCGCCCUCCCUUACAUCGCCAAAGCUAUCGGCAUCAGCGCCAAUGUCGCCGGUGCCUGGUUCGGUGGAUGUGUUGACUCGACCGGAGCUGUCAUCGCCGCCGCUACCAUCUUUGGUGACAAUGCUGCAGUCCAAUCCUCGGCUGUGGUCAAGAUGGUCCAGAAUGUCCUGAUUGGUCCCAUUUCUGUCGGUGUUGCUAUUGUCUGGACCAAGCGCGAAGAGCGUCGCACACGCGCCCUUCACAGCUCCCUCGAGGACGAGAACCUCCGUUCAAAGACUGAUUUCAAGCCCGUCCCCUACGGCACCAUGCUCUGGGCUCGGUUCCCAAAGUUUGUUCUUGGUUUCAUACUGACAGCUAUCUUAUUCAACACCGCGGUUCCCGCAGUGGACCGUGCGAAUGUCAACACGUUCUCGUUCAUGGUUGGCGAAUGGUUCUCUACCAUGAGUUUUGUCAGCAUUGGAAUGGGUCUGCAGUUCCACGAGCUCCGUCGGGACGCUAGGUUGUUGCUCAAGCUGACGGCCCUGUAUGCCCUUGCUCAGUUGGUCGAUAUCUUGUCGACCUUCGCUCUUGCCUAUGUUGCCUUUGAGCUCUUCUAA